AUGCCCAAGACGACCUCCAAUCGCCAUGUCUCCCACCAGUCCUUCUCUGUUCACAACGAGGAGGCCAGCAGNGAAAGCCGGGACUUCAUUGACAGCUACCUGCAGGAGAUAGCAAAGGAUGACGGCAGCGAUGGCUUCAAUGAUGAGAAUCUUGUGGCCUGCACACUGGAUUUGUUCGUUGCUGGAACAGAGACAACAUCCACAACCCUCCGCUGGGCUUUGCUCUACAUGGCCGCAUACCCAGACAUUCAAGCGCGUGUGCAAGCGGAGAUCGACGCUGUGGUGGGUCAGACCCGGCAGCCAGGCCUGGAUGACCAGGCCUGCCUACCCUACACCAAUGCUGUGGUCCACGAGCUGCAGAGGUUCAGCAAUGUCAUCCCUGGGAGCGUGCCCCGGCUGACCACACGUGACACCCUGCUCAGGGGCUUCUUUGUGCCCAAGGGCACCGUUUUGAUAACCAACUUGACCUCAGUGCUCAUGGAUAAGAAGGAGUGGGAAACGCCUGACACUUUUAACCCCGAGCACUUCCUGAAGGACGGCCAGUUCCGCAGGAGAGAGGCCUUCAUACCAUUCUCCCUAGGGAAGCGCGCCUGCCCGGGUGAGCAGCUGGCCCGUGCUGAGCUCUUCCUCUUCUUCACGGCCCUGCUGCAGAAGUUCACUUUCCUGAUGCCGCAGGACGCUGUGCCCAACCUCCGCUACCGCCUUGGAAUUACAAGGCAACCCUGGCCCUACCGCAUCUGUGCCCUGCCGCGCUAGCUAGCGGGGCCCCCAAACACCCG